AUGGCUUGGUUCCAGGUGAUGCUGUUUCUCUUUGCUUUGCUACUGCAAUCAUUACCCACAGAAGGAAAGGAUCCUGCUUUUGCUGCACUGUUAACCGGCCAGGUGCAAGUUCAAAGAGAGAUUGUGAAUAAGCACAAUGAAUUGAGGAGAGCAGUUAACCCCACAGCCAGCAACAUGCUAAAAAUGGAAUGGAGCACAGAAACAACUGGAAAUGCUCAGAAGUGGGCUAAUAAGUGUACUUUAGAGCACAGUAAUCCAGAAGCCCGAAAAACCAGUACCAGAUGUGGUGAAAAUCUCUAUAUGUCAAGUGACCCUACUUCUUGGUCAACCUUAAUUCAAAGCUGGUAUGACGAAAAUGAAUAUUUUACUUACGGUGUAGGAGCACAACCCAAUGCAGCUGUUGGACAUUAUACUCAGGUUGUUUGGUAUUCAUCUUACAAAAUUGGAUGUGGAGUUGCUUACUGUCCCAACCAAAGUACCCUAAAAUAUUUCUACGUUUGCCAAUACUGUCCUGCGGGUAACAAUGCGUUGACAAAGGCCACUCCUUACAAGCAAGGGGAACCGUGUGCUAGCUGUCCCAAUCACUGUGAGAGUGGACUAUGCACCAAUAGCUGUGAGUUUGAAGAUUCCCUUAGUAACUGUGAGACCUUGAAGAAAUCAGCAGGCUGUGAACAUAAACUGCUGAUGGAAAAGUGCAAGGCUACCUGCCUAUGUGAAAACAAAAUCCAUUAA